GUUCAACAUUAAAUCCUCUGUAUCUUUCUUACCUGCAUAUCGGCUUUAGAAUGCAUUGGGGGAAAUCCACUGGGGGGGAAACGACAGGUCGCUCAGCCUUGUUUAUCGCCAAAUAGAAACAAUUUCUUUUUGAAAUUCAGUUUAUUUGCUUUGGGGGAAAAAAACUUGCGCUAUUCACACGAAAUCUGGUUGAACAAAAUCACUCAUUGACCCCCGCACAAGGUCGUCAAAACUCACGUCUAGGGUGUCUAUUAACCACCACCAACCACUAUUUCUUACCAUAUUAAGGGAAAACCCUUUAUCUCCGCCACCCUCAAAAGGACUCUGUGCCCUUAUCUAUUGGGCUAUUAGAGGACGAACAUUUCCACUCUGUGAUACACGAGAGUGCGAAUAUUUAAAGCUUGCUUUCAAGCUUCGGCACCGGAUUUGCAACUGGGGGCUUAUCAACAAGUUCGACCAACGUCAAACGGGCGCGUCCUCCCAUUAACCCCACACCAGAGGGACCUUGCCGACGCCCAAACAACACCACAACCCGACCGCGCCCUCGACGACGCUUGAGUCCUCCGCAGCCAUGAAUACCGACGAAGAGGCGCUCAGCGCCGUCUACAAGAAGAUCGAGCGCGAGAAGGCCCUUAUCAACGCCGCCAAUGCAAUGCGUCAGCAGACACAAAACGAGCAGGUCCGGUCGAAACUCGACACGCAGAUGCGAGAGGGCCGUCGGAAUAUACAAUUCUUCGAGGAGAAGAUGCGGGAAUUGCAGAUCAGAACCGUGGGACAUAACAUGGACAAUAUGCGCCUGGGACCGGAGGGGAGCGGGCUACAAGGUGGGGGUCCUAGGAACGAUAGAGAUGCUCCGCCGACGCCGCCACCGAAGGAUUCGAGGGGGAAUUAUAUCGAGCAGGGUGGAACUGACCAGGGAGGUUAUGGCUCUGGGGACUAUAGUACGAUGUUCAAGAGCGAAAAGCCCUCGGGGAUGAUGCCACCAAGACAUCCUUACGCACCCCCCGCCCCAGGAUCUGGGAUCCCAAAACCGCGCGCAAACUAUUCGAAGCUAGAUCUCAUCAAAUACGAUACUCCUUAUCUCGGACCCCGCAUUCAGCUUAUGCUGUCGCAAUUAGCAUUCAAGCUCGAUGUUGAGCAGCAGUAUCUCAAGGGUAUUGAGAAAAUGGUGCAGCUAUACUCGAUGGAAGGCGACAAGAAGAGCAGAGCGGAUGCCGCGGCACGCCACAAGGAUAGUACUCAAAAGAUCAUGCUGUUAAGGCAAGCAAAGAAGAGAUACGAAGAUCUCCACAUUGACAUGCAAAGCAGCGCUGAUGCGCCAGAUGACGAUAGCAUCAACACCCCCAAUCUGCGAAAACCUCUCACUGGUCAAUUGUCGAUACGAGUUACUGCCGUGAAGGAUGUUGACCAUGCGGCCACAUCGAGGUUUUCUCGCGGACCGGAAACCUUUGUUGCCGUUAAGGUCGAGGAUAAUGUUGUUGCCCGUACAAAGACCUCGAGAACCGAUCGAUGGGAUGGAGAGACUCAUAACCUGAAUGUCGAGAAGGCAAACGAGAUCGAACUAACAGUAUAUGACAAAACUGGAGAGCAGGCUCUUCCCGUUGGCCUCUUAUGGAUCAGGAUAUCCGAUAUUGCAGAAGAGAUGAGACGAAAGAAGAUCGAGGCCGAGAUCAACAGCUCGGGCUGGGUAUCUGCGGAUAGAAUGGGAUCAGGAAGCGCUGCCCCAGCUCAAUUCAAUGCCCAGAAUCAGCAGUCGCCCCAGUUUGGAGGACCUACCAGCCCUGGAUUCAAGUCCGGGUUUAACGGCGGCGGCAUGGCGCCCGCUCCCGCCAACCCUUCUCUACUGCCCCAACCCAUCGAUGCUUGGUUCGCAUUGGAGCCUUCGGGUCAGAUCCAACUAUCUCUCAGCUUUGUCAAGCAGACCAAGGACAGACGACCAUUCGAUGUUGGUCUUAACCGUAAGGGAGCUAUUCGCCAGCGUAAGGAAUUGGUCCACGAGAUGUUCGGACACAAGUUCGUAUCUCAGCAGUUUUACAAUAUCAUGAGAUGUGCGCUUUGCGGCGACUUUCUCAAGUACUCUGCCGGUAUGCAGUGCGAGGACUGCAAGUACACCUGCCACACGAAAUGUUACUCCAGCGUGGUUACGAAGUGCAUCAGUAAAUCCAACGCUGAGACUGAUCCGGAUGAGGAGAAGAUCAAUCAUCGGAUUCCUCAUCGUUUCGAGAAGUUCUCCAAUGUCGGCGCAAAUUGGUGCUGCCACUGUGGUUAUAUGCUGCCAUUUGGCAAGAAGAAUAGUAGAAAAUGCAGCGAAUGCAAUCUCACAGCUCACGCUCACUGUGUCCAUCUCGUUCCGGAUUUCUGUGGUAUGUCCAUGGCAGUUGCCAAUUUGCUCCUGGAAGGAAUACGGCUCGAGAAGGCAAAGCAGGACCAGAAGGGGAGAUCUGGCCACCAAUCCAACCUCGCCGGCAGGACCUUACGUCCUGUAACUGCGAAGUCUCCCGUUUCGUCCCAAGCCCCAACGCUAGAGCAGCGAUCAUCUUAUGGUCCAGGCGACAGAUUACCGCAACAGGGACAACCCUACGAAGCUGCAUCUGGUACCUCUCAAGAGUCUAUUAAUGCGGCUAAGGCUGCAUACCCCUCACAAGUCCAGCAGCAGCGCCAGGGAGGUGACCGCAUGAGCGACGCUGCUACAGUAGCAUCUAUAGCAGCAACCGCAGCCAUAUCUGGCCAACGACAAGGUGCAUACGAUACCUCUGGUGAUUACAACAGGGCAUCUGGAGGAUACGGCGCACAAGGCAAGCCAGGUUAUCAGGAGCGCCCGGCACAGCAAUCCACUUAUAACCCUGCGGACUAUGCGAAUGUUGGUGGCGUUGGUGCUUACCCUCCAGCCCUCCAGCCACCGUUGCAGCAACACCACCAGCAAGGCGCUCCUGUCAUUCCACAAUAUGGUGCUAUCCCUGUGGCCGGGAUGCCUCCUGGAGCCGAAGCUCAAAUAAAGCCAGCGGCACCGGCAGGGGUACUUGCUACUCGCAAGCCAGUUGUGGCGCCAUCCGCCACCGAAGCAGGCGCAGGUGGCCGCAUUGGCCUCGACCACUUCAAUUUCCUGGCUGUGCUUGGUAAGGGUAACUUCGGUAAAGUCAUGCUGGCGGAGACCAAGGCGAGCAAGAGGCUGUAUGCCAUUAAGGUUUUGAAGAAGGAGUUUAUCAUCGAGAACGAUGAGGUUGAGAGCACACGAUCGGAGAAGAGAGUUUUCCUGAUUGCCAACAAGGAGCGCCAUCCCUUCUUGCUCAACCUUCACGCGUGUUUCCAGACAGAGACGAGAGUGUACUUCGUCAUGGAAUAUAUUAGCGGUGGUGAUCUCAUGCUUCAUAUUCAGCGUGGGCAGUUCGGGACCAGGCGUGCGCAGUUCUAUGCUGCUGAGGUCUGCCUGGCGCUGAAAUACUUCCACGAAAAUGGUGUCAUCUACAGAGAUUUGAAGUUGGACAAUAUCCUCCUCACUAUGGAUGGACACAUCAAGAUUGCAGAUUACGGUCUUUGUAAGGAAGAUAUGUGGUACCAGUCAACGACGAGCACAUUCUGUGGAACGCCUGAAUUUAUGGCACCUGAGAUCUUACUUGACAAGAAAUACGGCCGUGCAGUCGACUGGUGGGCAUUCGGCGUCCUAAUCUACCAAAUGCUUCUCCAACAGUCCCCCUUCCGCGGCGAAGACGAAGAAGAGAUCUACGACGCGAUUCUGGCCGACGAGCCCCUCUACCCAAUCCACAUGCCCCGCGACUCCGUCUCCAUCCUACAGAAGCUCCUGACCCGCGAGCCCGAAGCCCGCCUCGGUAGCGGCCCAACGGACGCACAGGAGAUCAUGAACCAGCCCUUCUUCCAGAAGACCAACUGGGAUGACGUUUAUAACAAGAGGAUCCAGCCGCCUUUCUUGCCGCAGAUCAGCAGCGCUACUGAUACGAGUAACUUCGAUUCCGAGUUCACUAGUGUUACGCCCGUGUUAACCCCGGUUCAGUCUGUCCUUACCCAAGAGAUGCAAGAAGAGUUCCGCGGCUUCUCCUACAGCGCCGAUUUCGUAUAAGAAACCCGGCCAGCCAAAAUUUCUUCAACAUUUCGGAAUGAUAGCACCAUAUCCAAUCUACCGCACACCCCGCACAUCCCCGAUGGCGCCGUGGUCAGCCCAAGAUUGGAGAAAACCAAGAAAGAGCAGACGCCAUCUAAUUUGACUCAUUCACAGGUGGGCCCAAAAGGACGGACCGGUGUGCGCGGACGUAUGAUGCGCAUAUUAGGGGGAUCAGAUCAGCAGCCAGCGGGCCGGUCAGGGGGAAAGGGGGAAAGGGGAAAGGGGGGUGCUAUU